AUGGCGUCUGUUCACACGUAUCCUGGUCGAACCAGAUAUUUGUCUCGUUCAUUCGUGGUGGAUGUUCACAUGACGAUUGAUCUGUUUCGUGCAUCGUCGGUGACAUUGUGGUUGCGUUUGUAUGAUGUAACUAUGGAGCAGAUACAUUUGCCUUUAAAAUUUUUAAAAAUGGUCUACAUUGAUGAGCAAAUUGCAGAGCUCUCCGAUGGUGAACUGGAGGCGUUGGCUAACAUGGUUCGGGACGAGGUAGACCGGUAUUCGAUUCCACGCGUUGUCAGCGUGCCACAGUAUCAGAUUAUUGAGAUUCCUGACGAGGUAGUCGACGACCCCAUUGUGGAAAUAUACCCCAGAGAUCGGCGAUCACUUCCGUUGGAUUGGCCGGAGACUGAAGAACCGGAGUAUUUCGUAUUUCCGGAUGAAGCGAUGAUUGAGGCACUGAGGCAAGAGCAGGACGAGCAGGAAUUGCGAGAUCGGAUCGCCAAAAUCGCACAGAUUCUCAACGAACGGGCCAUAAGAGGUGCUCGAUUCACCUAG